AUUCACCAGAGUGUUUCGAAUAUAUUGUGUAAGUAAAAUGUAUUAUAUUUCAACAGUAUAGUAUGAGUUCAAUAUAUAUUAUAAACUACAAACCAUAACCGUGACAUUUCUUCAAGCUGAGACAAUUUCAAUAGAUUAACACGUGAUCGGUUACAAGAAAAGUUUCAACUGCAUCAAACAAAUUCAGUUCGUAUUUAAAUAUUUAAUUGGACAAAUCUUAUAUUAAAAGUAAAACGCAUAUGUUCCUAAAUUUAGUUGGAACCUACUUUAGACAAAUAAUACAUAUCAAAUAGUAUCCCCGAAAACAGCCAAUUGAGAAUGCCUGGUUUUUUCUCUAAAGAGAUUAAGGAUUUUUUUUCCGUAGAUCUAUACAGGAGUUGUGCUGGAGAAUUUAUUGGAACGUUAUUGCUUACGUUUAUGGCAGUAGGAACUGGUAUAACCAGUCCCGGUGAUCCCGUUGCUGCUUCAAUAGAAGCUGGUUUCUUCAUUGGUUGUGCAAUCAGAACAUUAUCAACUGUCAGUGGUGGUCAUGUUAAUCCAGCUAUCAGUAUUGGAUUUCUGGUCCUUGGACAAAUAACAGUUAUCCGUUUUAUAUUUUAUUCCAUCAUACAGACUCUCGGGUCUGCGGCCGGUGCGGCUUUACUUAAAGCCAUAGUACCUGCAAAUAAGACAACCAAUGACUUAGGAAUAAUAUUUCCCGCUCCAGGAGUUAACGACGCACAGGCAAUAGUUUGUGAAAUGAUUAUUACAUUCUUUUUGCUUUUCGGAACAUUUGCCAUGAUUGAUCCAAAGAGGAUAGACAUCAAUGGAUUUGCACCAUUCCAAAUCGGACUUAUUGUUGUCAUCAAUAUAAUUGCCACUUUCAACCUAUCGGGUGGAUGCAUGAAUCCAGCAAGAACUUUUGGUCCUUCGAUUGUAGCUGGUAUAUAUGACAAAUCAUGGAUUUAUUGGGUCGGAGAUAUGUCUGGGGCAGUUUUGGGAGCACUACUUUAUGGCAAAAUCUUCUCUACAACAGCAUGUAAACGUUGGAUAAAGGCAGACAUCAGAAGAUGUAACGCUGGUGAAGAAGAGACCUUAGACGACAAACUAGCAACCUAUAAAAAGACUGGCCCUGACGAAAAUAAUCAUGAAAUGUUCUAGUUCAAUCCCAUUCUUUAGUAUACGAUUUGCUAUGGUUUAAUCAUUUUCCCAUGGAUGUUAUGAGGCUAAUAUCUACAGAGGAAAUAAUUUAUCUAAUUUUUUAUCUUAAAAAUUAGUUCAUUAAUUUCCUAAUUUCAUUAUAUUAAUGGAAUAAACGACUAAUAACAGUGUGCCGACGACGAGGUGGGUUUUUAACGACCUCGACUACCCAUGAGAGUCUCGCACGGUCGGUGAUUUAAUACACACAGGAUAUUUAUAUUUUAGCUUAACCAUAUAUAUUUAUAUUUGAAUUGAGUGUAAAUUCUUUUUGAAAUUGACCUUUCUUAUGAAAAAAAAAAAACGGAUUUAUGUGUGACUUAAAAAAUGUCUAUUAUGUUUACAUGUAGCUGAAAAUAAGAAGCUAUCCAAUUCCCUGGCUUGCAAGUGAAAUUAGGAUUUUAUUCAAAUUUUGUAUAUGCUGUAUAUUAUAUAUGCUUUUUUACAGAAUCAAUAACUAUUUCAUUACUAGUUGCUUUCAUUUUGAAAAGCUAAAUAAUGUGUACAUGGAAAUAUCUAACAUAACGUCUCGUGUAAAGUUCUGAAUUUUUAAAAUCCGGAUAUAAUCUUCAUAAUACAUGUAUAUUAAUGUUUAAAGAAGUGAAGUGAUUGGAUAAAAAUUGAAGGACUGACUCUCUUCAUUUUUAUAGGACGUAAUAUUGUGUAUAUAAUACAUAAUUGAAUUGUAAAAACUUUUUGAGAAUUACCCUAAGUAGUUAAAAAAUGGCGCGCUACUUUUUUUAAAAGUUAGUAAGACAGAGUUCGCUUCAGAGAUCUAAACAUUUUAAUUUUACAAGAUUCAUUCCGAAUGUAUUUGUGAAUUUCGUGGCAUGUUUUAAUUAGCUACAAAAAGCUUAAGGAAGCUAUCCAUCUCACUGGCUGCAUGUAAAACUAUGAUUUUCUAUUCUGUAUAUGCUGUAGUAUAUUAUGUAUGCUCGAUUACAGAAUAGAUGAAUAUUUCAGUACAUUUGCUUUUAUUUUCAAAAGUUGCGUACUUGUUAUAUCUAGGUUUUAAAAAAAAAUGUCUCAUGUUUAUUUUAUUAUUUUUACAUAUUCAAGAAAUGAGCUACAUUAGAUAUACAUUAAACAAUGACUAAAGGUUUCAUUAACCGUAGUCUAUCCGCAAGAUCUCUUAAUUUCCAAUAAAAUGGUCUACGUCGGUAGUUCAACCAACUGACCGAAAUGGAUGAUGAUUUUGUAAACUUGUUUUUACCUGGGAACAGUAUAUGUUCCUGUUUUUACUUAGAUGGUCUCAAAACUUUAAUUAAAGAUUUUAUGAAAUAAAAUGUAACCGAAAUGACGAAAGUCAUGCAAUGUAUAUAUCACGUGACAACACGGGUUCCCGCCGGGAUAUCACCUAUGAAAAUAAAGAACAUAUACUUUUAAUCAUCAUUCAGCUUAAAAGUUUACACACAAAUUUCACAGCUAAAUACCCAAAAUGUCUUCGUUUUCAUUCCAUAUUUACAAAAAUAAAUAGUAUUUUGUAUCAAGUUUAAAUAUAUUCUUAUUUUUAUCAAGGAGACAAUUUCUAGAUACUAGACAAUUUAUCUCAUCUUAUAUUUUUUUCAUUAAAAAGUGUGGAUAUUCUAUUUAUAUACGGGAAAUGUUUAACAUAAUUGUACUCUUAUAACUUAUACAUUAAAAUAAAAUUGUACAAAUAGA